ACAAUUCAGAAGAAGACAAAGGAGAAGGUGGAAAGAAAUUGACUUGGGACUCUCUGCAAAGCACAUAUAUGGUUCUAUGAAACUUCCUCAUUCAUCAGCUUCCUCUGUUUUCUUUGUCUUCACCAUGCAAGGGAUAGAAAUGGAAGCAUCAAAGUUCAUAAGUGCUUGCAUAGUUCUCACAGUCAUAAUUGGUCUAACAUGGGCAUGGAGGAUGCUGAACCGGUUUUGGCUAAUGCCAAAGGGGCUUGAGAGGGUCCUAAGAGACCAAGGCCUUCAAGGAAACCCCUACAAGCUUUUGGUUGGGGAUUUAAAGGACAUUCUGAAGAUGCAAAAUGAGGCCAAAUCCAAACCCAUGAGUCUCUCACAUGAUAUAGUGCCACGUGUGCUUUCCCAUGUCCAUCAGAGUGUCAAAAAACAUGGCAAGAAUACUUUUAUUUGGUUUGGACCAAAACCAAGGGUGACCCUCACAGAUCCUGAGCUAAUCAAAGAAGUACUUAACAAGAUGUAUGAUUUCCAAAAGCCUAAAACGACUCCGCUUGCCAAGUUACUUGCUACUGGUCUUGUAAACUAUGAAGGAGAAAAGUGGAACAAGCACAGAAGAAUAAUUAACCCUGCAUUCAAUUUGGAAAAAUUGAAGAAUAUGUUACCAAUAUUCUUCAAAAGUUGCAAUGAUCUAAUUAUCAAGUGGGAGGAAAUGUUGUCUUCUGAGGGAUCAUGUGAAAUGGAUGUUUGGCCUUUCCUUCAAAAUUUGGCUAGUGAUGUUAUUGCUCGAGCAGCAUUUGGAAGUAGUUAUGAAGAAGGGAGAAGAAUAUUUCAACUUCAGAAAGAGCUAGCAGAACUUACAGUUAAAGUUAUAAUGAAUGUUUACAUCCCUGGAUGGAGAUUUCUACCUACUCCUACCAAUAGAAGAAUGAAGGAAAUUAAUAGAGAAAUAAAAGCUUCUCUUACAGAUAUGAUUAAGAAGAGAGAGAAAGCUCUAAAGAUAGGUGCAGCUACUAAGGAUGAUUUGUUAGGUAUACUCUUGGAGUCAAAUCACAAGGAAAUCCAAGAAAAAGGAAACAACAAGAAUGUUGGAAUGAAUCUUGAUGAUGUAAUCGAGGAAUGCAAGUUAUUCUACUUUGCAGGGCAGGAGACCACUUCAACUUUACUUGUUUGGACAAUGGUGUUGUUAAGUAAGUACCCUGAUUGGCAAGCCCGUGCAAGGGAGGAAGUUUUACAAGUCUUUGGCAAAGAAUCACCAAAUUUUGAUGGGCUAAGUCACCUCAAGAUUGUCACCAUGAUUUUGUAUGAGGUUCUUAGAUUAUACCCGCCAGCAGUUAGCCUUACUAGAAGUGUUAACAAAGAUUUGAAACUUGGAAUUCUAUCAUUACCAGCUGGAGUGCAAGUUUCGUUGCCAACACUUAUGAUUCAUCAUGACAAUGAACUUUGGGGUGAUGAUGCCAAAGAGUUCAAACCUGAGAGAUUUUCUGAAGGAGUUUCAAAAGCAACAAAUGGCAGAGUUUCAUUUUUUCCAUUUGGAUGGGGUCCUAGAAUAUGCAUUGGACAAAACUUCUCUUUGUUGGAGGCAAAGAUGGCUAUGUCAAUGAUUUUACAACAUUUCUCAUUUGAACUUUCUCCAGCUUAUGCUCAUGCUCCGGUUACAAUAUUUACUCUUCAGCCCCAAUAUGGUGCUCACAUCAUUUUACAUAAAGUUCAAAUCUAAAAAAUAAUAAUUAGUCUUAGUGGUUGAUCUGUAUUUUGCAUUGCAAAGUAUAUAAUGCAAUAAUAGUAGAAGAUUAUUAUUCCUUGUGCUGUAACAUGCUCUUACUGCAACAUUGUGAGACAUAUGCAAUCUUGAUUCUCAUUUUGUUUGAUGAAUGACACAUCAAACCCUGUGGGUUGCUUUGUAUC